CUCUUCAGUACCGAUUGAGACUUGACCGUGGUUUGAGUAUGAGUUAGCGGAAAGCUCUCGAACUUGUUCGUACAUAAUUGGAUGGUUUGAAUUGUAGAAUCAAUUUUCGUUUGACCUCAUCAGCAGUCAGUUCGCGGUGGCAGCUUCGCAGUGAUCACUUCAGUUCUUUCUAUUGAUUGUUUCAAACGACCGGUGGUUUAUUUUUAACUUCGAAUUUUUGUGUAAUCGAUAUCAUAGCAACGAUUUUUGUUUUGUGUUUGUGUGUGUUAUUCAAAACCAGUGCGUUAACGGGAUCGGAAGGGGUUGACCUGCCACUAAAUGCUGAAUGCCGAUGAUAUAAGUGCCCGAUGUUUGUGUCACUGUGCGGGAGGAAGAAUAGCAGCAGCAGCGCACUGUGCUUUUUGUGUGUUUCUCGUUCCAUCGAGCGGAAAGUGUCAUACUGCGGCAGACACUCGAGGUAUUUUUGAGAUUUGAAUAAUUGGUGUCAAGCACGGAACACGACGGGUAACGGAAGCCUGCGGCAAAGAAAAAUUCGCGAAAUAGUGUUCAGCUGUCUACGGCUGGGAAGCCGAGUGGAAACAUAAUCGUAAUCGCGAAGCGAGGAGGGAAGCUUGUCCCCCGUUGGGUCAGGAAUUUUCCGGUGGUUUCGCUAGAAUCUGGUGGAAGCAAACUCGAAUCGACUGAAAUCCGCCGUUCGGUGAGUGCGUUUCAUAAAUAUUUUCAAAGUGUUUCCAAAGAUAGUUUCCUCCUCGGUGUGAGUGUCGCUUGCUUGGGUUGUAAAAGUCAAGAGGAAGACAGGCAUCCGGUCACGAAAGUUGAAGAACCUGAGGGGCGUGAAACCGAAACUAACCAAAAAUACAAACAACACACGCGCGCGUACGCAAACGCGUCAAACGACAAGUCGAGAAUCACUUGUUUACAAUAGUGUCGUGCGUUUUAGUCGCGCAACACCCCGAGUGCGUCCAGUGAAGAAUAAUUACCAUUGAUUUUUGUUUUUCGUUGGUUGCUUCAAACGACAACAGUGCGAUAGUGGGUCUAGGUGUGUGCCGGCGAGAGUGCAUUAAACUUCCUAUCCGCGGCACGUAGUGAAUGUUUUAACGCAACGCGUAAGGUGAGAGUUGGCUUUGCUGCACACAGUGACAAAUCGGCACGUCAUCCGUCGGCUUGCUUUGAUUGAUCCGCCUCUCCCAUCAUCAUCAUCAUCCGUGGUUGCGCUUCAAAGUAGAAUGUUCAAAGAUGGCUGCUGCCUAAGAUCGGUAACGAUCGUAUCCGUUUGGACGUCGUUCUGAUCGGGUGUUCGGUAGUGAAAUCAGGAUUCUUCAAAUAAAUAUCGGCUCCUAGAGGAGAACAUGCCACCUUGGAUCGGCGAGAACCGAACGGCCUACUAUGACAAAAUGCGACACCUGCCGCCCGGUUUUUUAACACAGUCCGAUUCCACGUGGUCAUCCAUGAUGUACAGCAGUAGUGAUAGAAGUAGAAGUAGCGAAAGUUCCAGACCACUACGAUUAGGAUCGUUAGUGUACCGGUUGCGAUGGGUUACCGUCGUGACGAUCCUGUUGUCAGUAUUGUCCGCCGUGGAGGCGGUUUGUGAGCCGGAUCUUUGGUGGGAUCCGGUGCGGACGGAGUGCGUUCCCUGCACGGUUUGUGGCGAACAGCAGCUUGUGCUGCGACCCUGCCAGGAAUAUAUGGACACGGUUUGCGGCACGAUGAAAGAUCUCGAUAUGGAUCUUGCACAGUUGGCUCGUACCGCCGAUGCUCAGCACGAGCAGCGACACUGGAAGGAGGAACGUCGGAAAGAUGGUCACCACCAGCUGGAGCAUCAGCACGGCCAGCAGCACAACCGGCAAUCGUCGGCGCAGCAUCAUGUCAGCAGUAAGAAGAAGGAGAACACCGAAGAAAUCAUGUGGGACUGGCAGGCGGCUUCGCUGCUGCUGGCCAUUAUCGGGUGUCUGCUGUUUUUCUUCGCCGCCGCUAUUAUCGCACUGAAUCAGACGCGUCAGUGGAGGCGGAUUGAGAAACAUUUCGAUGCAGACAUGGAAGCCCUGUCCGCCCAGCUCAUGAAUCACCUGUCGAGCAUGCAGCAGCUCGAGAACGGGUCGAUCUUUUUGGACGACGUGAUGAGCGGAGAUUCGCGACGAUUUCGGAACGGUGCCGGUGGACUGCUCGGGGGAGGUCACCACCACCAGCACCAUCAUCACCACCAUCACCCGAUAGAGGUUCGCUGUGUCUACUUGGAUCAAUUGUUGGACAGCAAUAAAAAUUGUAUCACUCACCAUGGACCGGGCAAUUUGUACAUCGAGGAAAACAACGAACGGAUGUCACCGAUCGGAGGAGGUGGCAGCGGUCCCGCCGUCCAUCAUCCGCUGACUAGAAUGUACUAGAAUGAAGUUUAAUGCGAAAAUGCACUGCAGUAAACCGAAAUAUGUUCCUGUACUUAUCACUGGCAGAGUUUUGUGAAAAAUCGCUCCGAAGCAACAACAAGAAAAACGUGUUUUUACUUUGAAACAAACCAAGUGUGUGUAACCAUGACAACUCCAAUGAACACUCUUAUUUGAACACUGUAAUCGUCAAUUACUAUGGGUGCCAUAUCACGAAGAUUGUGAGGUUAGGGACAACCAAAUAUUUCCAUAGAAAGUGAAAAAAGAAUGUCUUUCGACAUUGAACAGUGAAGUGAAACUCUUCAAAUUAUGUGAUUUCACUACAUAUAUUGACACAUCAGUUACAGAACACCAAACUCGUCAUGAUUAGGAGGCGCACGCGCGCCUAUUCGUAGGACAUGAAACAAUAAAGUAUUGUACCAACUACCUGUCGAAAAGUAAGUUUUAGAGAUUAGGACCAACGAAUUUGUUGUUAUUAAGAUAUUACUGUGGUCGACAUUUGUAGGGUUAAUUAAUUGAUCAGCAUAAAAUUAACUUAUACAACUAAUAGAAACCGUAACUCAACCAUACGACUUAUCAUCGAACAAUUUGUAUUUAUAGAUUUGAAUGGCUUCUAUGGUUAGAAUUUGAUUAUACGAAAAAUUGUACAGAAGACUAGAAUGCGUAGGAAUUGUAACAGAUUGAAGUGCCUUGUUAAAAAGGAACACGCUUUCAAAUUUUAUUAAUAUAUAACACUAAACUGUACUAAAAAUAUCCACUGGAGUAAUAAACUAUUGUACUGUUAUUUUGCUGAGACAGCUUUCAAUGUAAAUAUGCUUUUUUGUGUUGGUUCUAGACGAGCGCAGUAUGUAUUUAUGAAUGCAGGAGAGGAUCUUCCCUUUAAACAUUAAAUCUUGUAAUUAGAAUUCAACUUUUAUUAGGGCAGCAGAUAGUUAGUGUUAGGAGAGUGGUCGUCGUAUAUAGUUACAGCUUGAAGAAAGAAACUACCGGAUUGUUGGAAAGUUUCACGCCACGUCAGUGGCUGGAAUGAGGGCAUGUUUGUAGUUUCGAACAAUGAAGCACGUAUGAUUGGAAAUGCUAAUUAUAUCGAACCUGUCGAGUUUAAUCGUAGCAAGUUA